AUGUUUGCCGCGCCUGGGGCGGCGGGGCGGCCCUAUGCGUGCAGCGAGUGCGGCAAGAGUUUCCGCUACAGUUCAGUGUUACUGCGGCACGAGCGCGCGCACAGCGGAGACGGCCAUUUCCGCUGCUUGGAGUGCGGCGAGUGCUGUGCGCGGGCCACUGACCUGCGGGCGCACCGGCGCGCCCACGCCGGCCAGACUCUCUACAUCUGCAGUGAGUGCGGCCAGAGCUUCCGCCACAGCGGCCGCCUCGAUCUGCACCUGGGCACACACCGGCGGCGCAGCCGUGCCUGGCCCUGCCGCAUGUGCGGCCGCCGCUUCCCGCACCUCCCUGGGCUGCUGCUGCACCGGCGCCGCCGUCACCCGCCCGAGCGACCCUGUCGCUGCCCUCUGUGCGCGCGCGCCUUCCGCCAAAGUGCACUGCGCUUCCACCAGGCGCGAGUACAUCCCACGGGCCCCACCUCGGACCCCAGCAUCCCGCCCCACCGCUGUGCGCAGUGCCCCCGGGUCUUCCACAGCAGUGCUGGGCUACGGAGCCAUGCGCGCAUCCACGAAGCCGGCAGCCCUGAGCCCCACAGACCCCGAGCCCCGGACAUGCACUCGUGUGGCGUGUGCGGCAAGAGUUUCAGCAAGAGCUCCACGCUGACGCGCCACCUGCAGACUCACUCGGGGGAGAAGCCCUUUAAAUGCCCGCAAUGCGACAAGGGCUUCCUGGAAAGCGCCACGCUGGUGCGCCACCAGCGCACGCACACGGGCGAGAAGCCGUACACGUGCGGCGACUGCGGCCGCUGCUUCAGCGAGAGCUCUACACUACUGCGCCACCAGCGUAGCCACCAGGGCGCGCGGCCGCACACGUGUGCCACCUGUGGCAAGGGCUUCGGGCAGCGAUCCGACCUUGUGGUGCACCAGCGCAUCCACACCGGCGAGAAGCCCUUCCCGUGCCCUGAGUGCGGUCGUUGCUUCAGCGACCGCUCCGACCUCACCAAGCACCGGCGCACCCACACGGGCGAGAAGCCCUACCGCUGCGAGCUGUGCGGCAAGCGCUUCACUUGCGUGUCCAACCUCAAUGUGCACCGGCGCAAUCACACCGGCCACAAACUGCACAAAUGCCCUGAGUGCGGCAAGGCCUUCAGUGUAGCCUCCAAACUCACGCUGCACCGCAAGACGCACCUGGGCGAGCGACCGGCCGAGUGUGCUGAGUGUGGCAAGUGCUUCAGCCACAGCCGCUCGCUGUCGCAACACCAGCGGGCCCACGCGCGUGCCCGCAGUGCCACCACCCAGGUUGCCGCCCGCGUCCUUGUGGAGCCGGCGGGACAGGAGAAGUCAGAGCUCUUUGUGGCUUAGUUGAGGGAAACUUGCCAAGUCUCUUCUGGAGGGAGCUGGGCGAGCACCCACAUCGUGCCACGGGGACUGGGGCAACUCACACGUAGCCUGCUGCUUUUCCGGUUUCUGGUAGUAGCCCUCCACCUGACCUGCCCCUCGUCUACUCCUGCUUCCCAUCGCCUUUUUUCAUCAUCAGUCGUUGUAUCACUGACUCCUUUCCUGGGUGCAAGUGCAGGGAGUCAGGGGAGCCUCGGAGCCCCUUGUGCAAGAGAGCCCAGGUUUGUGUGUCCCCUCGCUGCUCUGGCUCUCUGGUACUUUCUGCCUGUGUUGUCUUUUAUUUUCCCAUCUCCUUAGUUCAGCCCACAACUCCCCUGCUUCUCCUUUGCCAGUACUUCUGUCCUUCCUCCUCAGGUAGUGAUCACAGGUAAGGCUACAGCCGUGUUGCCAGCCCUGUGGUCCUCCUGCCUCUCGGAUCCACCUGUUAACCUCUGCUUUCUACCUCUGCUUCUGAGUGAAAUAGUGUGGAGGUGGAAAGUUUUCUGGCAGAGGGGGCCCACCCACGUGAAGGUGGGCGGGGCUCUCAACACAGUCCCCUAUCUGUCCCCAGGGCAGAUCAAGGUAUCUCCUAGGACAGUGUUAUCCAGCCAGGUUGGGGACAUUUGUCCUGGGACCCAGGCCAACAACCAUGUAUGUUCACGAAGCUGGGCACUACCGUGGGCCAUCAGCAUGUUGUUUCCACGUCAAGCUUGGGGCCUCAGAGGCAAGUUCCACAGUGGAGGAGAGUAGGACAGGAAUCCUCUGGAGUCAGCCAACAACUUUUUGCUUAUUACUGAUGAAAUAAAGAGUUGUUUGAGUUCUGGA